UCAUACCACUAUCUCAGGUGAAAUAGAGAGGUUGUAUUGUAGUAUACUAUUCACUAUGGAAAAUUCCCAACAACCUCUUGCCACAGAGAGUUUUUCAUAUAGCUGGUUGUUGAACAGAAAACCAUCCAUUGAUGGCCUAACAGAAUCCCCUAGACCCUCUUAUAGUAGUCAUGAUAAUGCUGAGGAAGAGUUAAAAUUCAUCGCUUAUUUGAAAAUAUUCCUAGAAGAAGAACAAAACUUCAACUUUGAUGUUCAUCCUGUUUCAGAAUCUGUUUGUGCUGAUGAAAUCUUCUCUAAUGGAUAUAUCAUGCCUCGAUAUCUUGAUAGAUCAAAGAUUGAAUCUUUUUGCGAAGCCUUCAAUAAUUUCAACACUAAUUCAUCUGUACCCUCAACUAGUACUCCUCCCACACCAAUAUCUAAACUUUCAAAUUCCAUAACAAGUCAAGAUGAUUUUCUUGAAAAAUGGAGGAAGUUUCCACGCAAAAUCUUGGUUAAGUGGUUUGGAUUCAUCAGGCCAAUCUCUAAAAGGAUAGCAAGCUCAAGAAAAAGUACUACAAAAGUUGAUGAACUUCAAAGAAAAGUAAGUGAAAUUCAAAGCUGCAAGAGUACUACUAAUACUUUAUUUCAGAGAUCUCCUCGUCGAAUGUUGAAAUUUCAUUCUGUUGUCAAUUGGUGUGGAAAUGAUAACAACCAAAGAAGUAGUAGUAGUACUAGAAGAGUUAAGAGUUUGAGGAAGGUGAAAAACUGGAGCAAUAUUAACUCACCACAUGAGGCUUGUUCCCCUAUAAAAAGUCCAUCCAAUGAUCAUUCUACUGAUGUUUGGCGCGAGAAGGCAAUCUGAUGCAAUUCUGUACUGUAAGAGAUCGUAUGUCAACUGAGCCUGAUAUCGAUCAUGGUGAUCGUUUUGACCAGAAGAAGCAAUUCUAGAUGUUAAAUUUCAUCCUUAAAUUCUUUUCUCAGAUGUAUAUUUAGAUUUUUGGCUCUUCAUACAAAUAAUCUAUCAUGUAUUACUCAGAUUCAAUAUUUUGUACAUUCU